AUGGACGUCGACGAGCUAUCAUUAGUGGAGAGAUGCGAGAAUCUAAUGACUGCGGUCGUGGAGACUCGCAAACAGUAUGGCAAGAAGUGCAUCGACUACCAGCACAAAACUUCUCGCGUCGAAAACCAGUUGCUUCAACUAAGACUGGAAAGCUUCGCGAAUUACGAAAAACGGAAGCUCCCGCAGUUUGAUGUCGACGACAUGGCGCUGAACAUCGAAGACAUCAAGGCAGAGAUUAUGGAGAAACAGAUGAGGAUCGAGAAUUUGUGUAAAAGACUUAAUGAUACUCAGGAAGUGUUGUUGCAAGUGCAGAACGAUAAUGUUACGCGGAAAAUGCAUCAGCCGGUGACUAUAGAGACGCUUAUGGCGCGAGCUAAGGCUAGACAUGCAGAGGAAAUGUGAACAUACCCAUAUAG